UCCCAGAUCUAUUUAUUCCUUUCCAGGCUACAUUCUUGACUUUCUGGGCUUUCUUUAUUAUGUCCUAGAAACCUCUUCCCGCUGAAAAUUUCACUCUAAUCCUGGACUUCUCAUAGAAGAACCCUCUGAGAAUUGUGGGAAAUCAUGGUGAUGACCUUGGUUGCAUUGAGUCCCCGGAUCCUGACAAUUUCACAAUCUGGAAUAACUUCUGUAGCCACAUCUCUGUUUCUUGCACAGUCCCACCGCCAUCUUCAUCAUGCUUUUAUUCCUCAUGGGAAAGGAGGACGUUCUUCAUUCAGUGGGAUUGUGGCUACUGUAUUUGGAGCAACAGGAUUCUUGGGUCGAUAUGUUGUCAGUCACCUUGGGCGCAUAGGAUCACAGGUGAUUAUCCCCUAUCGGUGUGAGCCUUAUGAUAUUACAUAUCUCAAACCCAUGGGUGACCUGGGACAGCUUAUUUUUCUGGAAUGGAAUGCCAAGAUUAGAAGUUCUAUCCAGAGGGCUCUGGAGCACAGUAAUGUUGUCAUCAAUCUUAUAGGACGAGACUGGGAAACCAAUAACUUUGAUUUUUCAGAUGUCUUUGCUACCAUUCCCCAGUCAAUAGCCCGGUUGGCCAAGGAGGCUGGAGUAGAAACAUUUAUUCAUGUUUCUCAUCUCAAUGCUGAUCUCAGAAGUACUUCUAAAUACUUGAGAAAUAAAGCUGUUGGAGAGAUAGCAGUGAAAGAUGAAUUUCCUGAAGCCAUUAUCCUGAAACCCUCUGACAUUUUUGGUAGAGAGGAUAGAUUACUCAAUUACUUUGCAAAUAUCCGUUGGUUUGGUGGUGUUCCUCUCAUUUCAUUAGGCAGAAAUACAGUGAAACAACCAGUUUAUGUGGUGGAUGUAUCCAAAGCCAUCAUCAAUGCAAUUAAGGAUCCAGGUGCCCGAGGAAAGACUUAUGCCAUCACUGGGCCUCAUAGGUACCUUUUGUGUGAUUUGGUACAGUAUAUCUUUGCUGUGGCUCACAGACCAUACGUACCAUACUACAUGCCACGUUUUGCCUAUCAUUUGAUGGCAAGAAUCUUUGAGAUGAAUCCAUUUGAACCCUGGACCACAAGGGACAAAGUGGAACGAAUGCAUAUCACUGACAGGAAAUUGCCUCACCUGCCUGGCUUGGCUGACCUUGGUGUAGAGGCUACUCCCUUAGAACUCAAAGCCAUUGAAGUUCUUCGGCGUCAUCGCACUUACCGAUGGCUGUCUGCUGAAAUCAAAGAUACAAAGCCACCCAAAACAGUUGACUUUUAAUAUUCCCCAGGUAGUCUUAGGGGUUCCAUGUUGUUCAUGUAACCUGUCUAGCAACUGAUUAUCUUCACAGAAUUUUGGGUCCAAUGGAGCAGAUUCCUCAAUUAAAACUUCUGAGAUUAAAAAAAAAAAAAAAAGAGGACCUUCUGCCUCUGUGGCCUCUUCUUCUGAUUGGUUGAUUCCUCUCAGAGCCUCCAUUUUAAAGAGGAUGGCCAAGCCAGCCAUGUCUAAAUUUCACUCUAAACUGAACCCCUUACUCUCUAGCAUUUCUCUCCCUUAUCCCAUUCUUUGCUUUUCAGGCCCCUCUUAUGUAUUAUAUUUUUCCAU